CUAACACCAGCUUUUGGGUUGUUGAAUGGCAAAUUUGUCAUUUCAACCACACCAACCCCUCUCCACUCAGCUUUCAAAUACAAGCUCAAUUUCCCAACCAUUCUCUGCUUCGCAUCUCUCGUUUGAUCCCCAAAGUUCCUGCACUUCUGUUGCUGGCACUGAGAGUCUCGGAUCCAAUUAAAGAUGAAGGUGAUAGAAAAGAUCCAGUCUUCGCAACAGGACCAAGGGAAAGUGGUGUUUUCCUUUGAGUUCUUCCCUCCAAAGACCGAGGAUGGAGUGGACAACCUGUUUGAAAGGAUGGAUCGAAUGGUGGCUCACAAUCCAUCUUUCUGUGACAUCACGUGGGGUGCCGGUGGUUCGACGGCGGAUCUCACUUUGGACAUUGCUAACAAGAUGCAAAACAUCAUAUGUGUCGAAACAAUGAUGCAUCUCACUUGCACUAACAUGCCUGUCGAGAAGAUUGAUCAUGCUCUUGAGACCAUCAAGUCCAAUGGCAUUCAGAAUGUUCUCGCCCUUCGAGGCGACCCUCCUCAUGGCCAGGACAAGUUUGUCCAGGUCGAAGGCGGCUUCGCCUGUGCCCUUGAUCUGGUGAAACAUAUUAGAGCUAAAUAUGGUGACUACUUUGGCAUAACGGUUGCUGGUUAUCCAGAGGCUCAUCCUGAUGCUAUAGGGGAUAAUGGUGUAGCGACACCGGAAGCUUAUCAGAAUGAUCUUGCUUACUUGAAGAGAAAGGUUGAUGCAGGAGCUGAUCUGAUUGUUACUCAACUGUUUUAUGAUACCGAAAUCUUUCUCAAAUUCGUCAAUGAUUGUCGCCAAAUUGGAAUUAAUUGUCCUAUCGUUCCUGGAAUUAUGCCUAUUAAUAACUACAAGGGUUUCUUACGAAUGACUGGCUUUUGCAAAACUAAGAUACCAGAUGAGAUUACCGCUGCCUUAGAGCCUAUCAAGGACAACGAUGAAGCUGUCAAAGCCUAUGGAAUUCACCUUGGAACAGAAAUGUGCCGCAAGAUUUUAGCUAACGGGAUUAAGACGUUACACCUUUACACAUUGAACAUGGAGAAAUCUGCAUUAGCUAUCCUAAUGAAUCUUGGAUUGAUUGAAGAGUCCAAAAUUUCCAGGCCUUUACCUUGGAGACGCCCUGCGAAUGUUUUCCGUGUUAAAGAGGAUGUUCGCCCUAUAUUUUGGGCUAACCGUCCAAAGAGUUACAUAUCCAGGACUAUUGGCUGGGACCAGUACCCACAGGGGCGAUGGGGUGAUUCUCGAAAUCCCUCAUACGGUGCGCUAUCUGACCAUCAGUUCAUGAGGCCCCGUGCUCGUGACAAGAAACUCCAAGAAGAAUGGGCUACCCCAUUGAAAAGCAUCGAUGAUAUUCAAGAGAAAUUUCAAAGUUAUUGUCUGGGUAAGUUGAGAAGUAGCCCUUGGUCCGAGUUGGACGGGCUUCAGCCGGAGACAAAGAUCAUACACGAACAGCUAGGAAAGAUCAAUUUGAAGGGUUUCCUUACCAUCAAUAGCCAACCAGCUGUCAACGGAGAACGCUCUGAUUCUCCAUCUGUUGGUUGGGGUGGCCCCGGAGGGUAUGUUUACCAGAAGGCUUAUCUCGAGUUUUUCUGCUCACCGGGAAAAUUAGAUGCACUCGUGAAAAAGAGCAAGUCCUUUCCAUCUUUGACCUAUGUUGCUGUCAACAAAAAUGGAAAUUUGAUAUCAAACAUUAGCGUCAAAGAUGUGAAUGCAGUAACUUGGGGAGUCUUCCCAGCUAAAGAAAUAAUCCAGCCAACCGUUGUGGAUCCUGCCAGCUUCGUGGUGUGGAAGGAUGAAGCAUUCGAGAUCUGGUCUCGAUCGUGGUCUGCCUUGUACCCAGAUGGCGAUCAUUCCAAAAUCCUGCUCGAUCAGAUUCAGAACAGCUACUAUUUGGUGAGCUUGGUGGAUAACAAUUACAUGGAUGGCAAUAUUUUUGGUGUUUUUGAAGAUCUUUGAAGGCUUUGAAGAUGAGAUUUGAGAUAACGCUGCAAUGUUCAGCUUAUGAAUGUCUUUUUACUUUAUGGUUUAAUGUUGUCUUUCUCCCUUAUUAUUUUUACUCUUAUUGUUUCACGGUGUUUGAAGUUUCAGUUGUAACUUUGUCAGUAAUAAUGACUAUU